AGCUGAGCCGAGCCGAGCUGAGCCGAGCCGUGCGGAGCUGAGCCCAGCUCGGCAGAGAGAGGAGCAGCUGCCCGCCGGAGUCCCGGAGCGGGACCCGGAGCCAUGGCCGAGCAUAUGCUGAUGCCGAUGAGCCACGGAGGCGCCGGGCUGCAGAGCUACCGGAUGGGGGUGAGCGGGCUGCAGGGACCCCCGCAGCACGGGCAGCAUGUGCUCAGGACGCUGCCUGCCGCCGCUCAGAUGGUGUCCUACGGAGGGGCUGGCAUGGACGGUGCGAUGAGGCCGAGACCCAGCCUCAGCGGACAGAUGGGACACCACCAGAUGCAGAACGCGAUGAUGUUCAAUGGCCCGGGGCAGCAGCAGCAGCAGUACAUGGGGCCGGUGGGCACCCAGCAGCUCAUGGCCAGUAUGCACCUACAAAAACUCAACACCCAGUACCAGGGUCACCCGCUGGGCAUGAGCAACGGGCCCAUGGGAGCUGGUGCCCAGCAGUACAGAAUGGGGCCGGGCCAGCACCCAGGCAUGCAGCACAUGCCCUCACCUGCGCUGACAUUGAAUGUUAUGGACACUGAUCUUAUAGAUGAGGAGGUCUUGACAUCCCUUGUCCUGGAACUGGGGUUGGACCGGAUUCAGGAGCUGCCAGAGUUAUUUUUGGGACAGAACGAGUUCGACUUCAUUUCAGACUUUGUUAGUAAACAGCAACCCAGUGCCAUCAGUUGUUGAGGGGCUUUGAGCUCCUCCUUGUCUUGGUGGUUUUGAGUUUGUUUCUAACUUUACCCCACCUGCCAUUCUCCUCCCUUCCCCUGCCUUGCCCUGUCCUGGAUUCCUGCCCUCCCCAAAAGGACAAUCAUCGGACACUGGCUUGCAAUGGAUUGCUUUUCUCUUCUGUGUGUUUUGUUUUUUUUUUUCUGUGUGGCAGUUUCUGGAGACGGGGUUGGUGCGCCCCAAACAGAGCAGAUCAAGGGCUCCUGCUGUAGAACUGCCUCUAAAUGACAUUAACAGGAUUUCUGGCUUAAGUAGCAGCAAUGGACUACGACUUUCCUCAACUAGGCUUGGAGCACAAGAAGCAAUAGGCAGCUGGCAGCCCUGCUGGUAGCUGGAUUUGCUCGUGGAUUCUGUGUUGCCAGUGGAAUUGAAGGAUCUUGAGAGAGAAUUGUCUCCCUGGUGCAUGGUUUGAACCAGUUUCCCCUUGCAACCAUGGGUGGGGUUAGUUAUUUGUUGGGAUGUUUUACUGUGACGGUAAAUAGGUCUUCAGUCAUGUCUGUUCAGCUCGGGAAGGGGCAUUUCCCCAUAGCAGGCUUUUUUCUAAUUUGCAAAAAUAAAGUAUGCCUUGGGGAAGGGUGUGCGUUUGUGCCUAAAUGUUCAUCUACGUGGAACUUCAGAUCUCGGACCUGUACUGCUAAUCAGCUGUAAAAUCUAGCAAGUGUUUGAGGUUGAUUCAGGCACGAGGCUUAAAGCUGCAGUCUGGCUCCACUUUUUUUCCACCUCUGAAACCAAAUAAAGACCAUGUAACUGUAUAUUUCAGUUCUAAUUUUA